GUCCUGCGACAGCAGUGAGACGUGUCCUGCUCUGUCGCCGUGUUCCAGGUCUCUAGACACAGGGCCAGGAGUCCCAGCCAGAGAAUUCUGACGGCAGCAGACGUGUCCCAGGAGCCUGGCACAACACUGGGACAAGACUCCUGAAUGCAGUAGUGGUGGGUAACCGUCAAUUCAGCAAACCUUGGGAGAACUCAUCCACCUGGGGGAAGUGCCUGGACCAGGGAGGCCCGCAGCUACACCAGAAGCUACAACGCAUCAGCGUUUUUCGGACCAAAGUCCUCGUUUAUCGACUAUGGAAGUGGAACAAGAGAAAGUCAACAUGAGUAAGGAGCUGAGUGCAGAUGCAGCCUCGUACCGCUGCUCCGCGUGUCAUGGGGACGAGGACUGGGGGCUCAGCCACCCCAUGCGGGGGCGCGCCAAGUCCCGCAGCCUGUCUGCCGCGCCCGCCCCGGCAAGCACCAAGGAGUUCAGGAGGACCCGCUCCCUGCACGGGCCGUGCCCGGUGACCACUUUUGGACCAAAGGCCUGCGUGCUGCAGAACCCCCAGACCAUCAUGCACAUCCAGGACCCUGCUAGCCAGCGGUUGACAUGGAACAAGUCCCCAAAGAGUGUUCUCGUCAUCAAGAAGAUCCGUGACGCCAGCCUGCUCCAGCCCUUCAAGGAGCUCUGCAUGUACCUGAUGGAGGAGAACAACAUGAUUGUGUAUGUGGAGAAGAAAGUUCUAGAAGACCCUGCCAUAGUGAGUGACGACAGCUUUGGGCCAGUGAAGAGGAAGUUCUGCACCUUCAGAGAAGAUUAUGACGACAUUUCCAAUCAGAUCGACCUCAUCAUCUGCCUGGGGGGGGACGGGACCCUGCUCUACGCCUCCUCCCUCUUCCAGGGCAGCGUGCCUCCGGUCAUGGCUUUUCACCUGGGCUCCCUGGGCUUCCUGACCCCCUUCAACUUUGAGAACUUUCAGUCCCAAGUUACUCAGGUGAUACAGGGGAAUGCAGCUGUUGUUCUCCGGAGCCGGCUGAAGGUCAGGGUCGUGAAGGAGCUUCGAGGGAAGAUGGCCAUCCCCAACGGGAUCAGCGAGAACGGGGUGCUGGCUACAGACCUGGACACAGAGGUCGGGAAGCAGGUCAUGCAGUACCAGGUCUUGAAUGAGGUGGUGAUCGACAGAGGUCCCUCCUCAUACCUGUCCAACGUGGACGUCUACCUGAACGGGCACCUCAUCACCACGGUGCAGGGCGACGGGGUGAUUGUCUCCACCCCGACGGGCAGCACGGCGUAUGCGGCUGCAGCUGGGGCCUCCAUGAUCCACCCCAACGUGCCAGCCAUCAUGAUCACACCUAUCUGCCCCCACUCACUGUCAUUCCGGCCCAUUGUGGUCCCUGCAGGGGUCGAGCUGAAGAUCAUGCUGUCACCGGAAGCUAGGAACACCGCCUGGGUGUCCUUUGAUGGACGAAAGAGACAGGAGAUCCGCCACGGAGACAGCAUCAGCAUCACUACCUCUUGCUACCCCCUGCCCUCCAUCUGCGUCCGAGACCCCGUGAGCGACUGGUUUGAGAGCCUGGCUCAGUGUCUGCACUGGAACGUGCGGAAGAAGCAGGCCCACUUCCCAGAGGAGGAGGAGGAGGAAGUCUAGGCUGCGCUCCUCGUCCACACUCAGGACCCUGAGCCUGAAGCUUCUCUGGUUCUUCCUUUCCUUUUCUGCCUCCUUCUUGCUCACCCUCCAGGGGAAAAGCCAGCCUGAACACGUGCUGUGAACAGUUGUGUGCCCCGCUGGGCACCAGACUCCAUGUCACUUCUGUCUGUAGCCAGAGGAAGAGCCUGGAAUCUGCCUUUUAUGACCAGAUCAGCUGUUUUUAACAUUUUAAAUCUGACUCUUUUGCAUUUCUAAGGAAGCAAAAAGUGAGCAGUGGCCCAGAGCUCUGAGGUUGGCACCACGUGCACCAUGUCGUGGUCAGAGCCCCAUCCUGGGGCUGGGAUCCUGGGGCCGGGGCCCCGAGCUGGAUGGGCUCUUUGUAAUCCCUUGUCAGGAAACUUUUCCGUAAAUCAGUCUAUUAAAAUUCAGAGGGGAUCAGAUCCGAUUGAUCUUUCUUUGGUGUUAGAAAAUAAAUGUCCUGUAGCCACACAUCUUCCCUUAGCUGCCACAAUUUCCCCCUUAAUCCUGCGCUCUUUUUCCCCGAAACCUUCUUGAGGGGAACACUUUCGCAAAGAGUAGCUUGUUGGUUGAUUGGCCGGGCUAUUGGGUGGGUGGGCCCCCCCCCCCCCCCAGGCCAGCAGUGAGUCUGCCCAGACCCCCGCCGUGGGCCCGAGGCUCUCGUGUUCCCCCUGUGCUUGGGUGUGACAGGUGCCACCACAUCAUGGCCUGGUGAGCCUGGCGGUGGCCUGGUGGUGGCCAGGUGAGAGGUCGGACCACACACAUUCCUCACAAAGCAGGCACAGCACUCCCUGCCGGGAAGAUGUUUUAAAGCCUGUGUAUACUUUUUAGAGAUUCUUGUAAACCUUCUGAAGUGCUUACGUACAGAUUUUAUUGUACACACUUCGAAGACUUCAGAGGGAAGGGGGUUUGUACUCCCAUGAAAUGGAGCCUUGUCCCAUGUUUCCACUGUGUUCUGUGAUGUUGUGCACUGGGACCAUUCUGUCCAGUCUAGCAUGAUCGCCUAGGGCGACAGUCCACGAGAGAGACGGGUGCUUCUCAGUUAGAAAGCCUGGUACAGACGGGUGCUUCUUGGUUCGAAAGCCUGGUACUUUGCAGUUGUAACAAGUUCAGGACAAAUUGGUUAGUGAGGAGAGUGGUGGUGGUGACACUGUGUUGACUCUGUUCCUGCUUCUCCGGUGGGUCUUGGGCUUCCAGGGAGACUCCCAUCAUUCCUGCAGCCGCUCCUCCAUCAGCCAGCCGGUGGGGCGUGUGCACAUGUGUUUACCACAUGGGGCCAGAGCCUGUGUGGAGUCUGGUGGAGCCAUGGCUCAGUGUGCACAUGGCCACGGCCCCUGGUUACUGUCACCUAACAAGCGUCCUGAGUACGGGCAUCUGCUUGUGAGUGACUUUGAGUUGCAUUUUCAUCUGCUAAAUUGGCAAGAGCUGAAAGAGAUGAAUGCCCACCCUUCCUUGGACUCGCUUCAGCAGUGACGGGCGGGGGCCGCACUUGCCCCCUUGGAGGUCGCGUGCUUCAGUCUCGUGCUGAUAGAUGGUGUCCAGGGCCACACGUGCGGCUGCCCUCAGUCAGGGGUCUCCCCAGAGCAGGCUCUGCACCGAGCGCUGUCCCCUGCACUUGCCGGUCUGGGCACCUCUGUGUCUCGGCCUCAGUGGGAGCUGGCAGUGGGCCUGGGGUUGGAGACACUGGGGCUCUCACCACCUGUCCGUGGGCACUGGCCCCAGCUAGAGGCCCGCCCGUCCUCCCGCCAGCUGAGAGUGAGCCAAACCCAAACUCCCAGCUUUCGGUCCAGAAGCAAGUGGCGUCCAGAAUUCAGAUCACUCACUUGGGAAAACAAGUGUCAAGCAAGUCCUCAAACGGCAUAAUGUUGGAAUGAUCUAGAAAACUUUGGAUUUUUUUAAGUCACUUCUUAAUGUUUCAUAUUGUUAAUAUCUUGAAAUUUUGUUAAAUGUUGUUGAAAGCCUUAUUACUAUUUUCGGAUCCUUUCAAUAAACAGACUUCUUUAAAAAGUU